CCCUCCCGCCCCAGCCAGUCCUGCGGCGCAGCACGGCUCGGCUCGGCGCGGCUCGGUUCCGCUCGGCGCGGCUCGGCUCGGCGCCAUGGUGCAGCUCGGGGGCGGCCGCCGAGCCCCACCGCCGGUCCCGGCCGCGCCGCCGGCCUUCAGCAUCGACAGCAUCCUGCAGCCCGGCCCCCGCCGCCCGGCCCGGGAGCAGGGCAGAGCCCGCUGCGCGCUGCCGGAGGAGGAGGAGGCGGAGGAAGAGGAGGAGGAGGAAGAGGGGCCUUCGGAGCAAGACCCCAGUAAAGGCUCCAGCAACACGGGCAGCGAGCCCCGCCGGCUGCGGGCGGACGGGACGAGCCGCGGCCCCCGCCGGGAGGCCGAGGGCGGCGGCAGCCGCGUGGGCUCCCCGCUCCCCUCGGAGGGGCUGCGCGGUCCCCGGCAGCCGCCGCGGGAGGCUGGGGCCUGCGGCGGGGAGAGCGGCAGGUCGCCGGCGGCGGGGAGCAGGAAGAAGACGCGGACCAUCUUCUCCAAGAGCCAGGUCUUCCAGCUGGAGUCCACCUUCGACGUGAAGCGCUACCUGAGCAGCUCGGAGCGGGCCGGGCUGGCCGCCGCUCUGCACCUCACCGAGACCCAGGUGAAGAUCUGGUUCCAGAACCGCCGCAACAAGCUCAAGAGACAGAUGUCGGCCGAGCCCGAGGGCCCGGGGCCGGCGGAGCCCCCCGGGGAGCCGCCGAUCCCCGCGGCUCUCUCCUUCCCGGCCCUUUACAAGGACAGCACCGUGCUUAGCCGCUGCCUGCUGCCGCUGCCCUUCCCCCUGCUCCCCCCGGGCAGCGCCAUCCCCUACCUCUGCCUCCCCGGGCCGGGCAAACACUUCAGCCUGGUGGACGGGGACGUAUAGCCUCUCCCCCCGGCCCCCGACCUUCCUCCUGCCGGGGGCCGCCCCGAUGUUAUUUAUGCCCCCACCGUGUCGUGUCGGUGGGGUGUCCGCCUUCGCCACCACCGGCGGCAGCCGUCCCCCGGCCCACGGAGGGGCCGCAAGGGCUCCCCUCACCCGUGUCCGUGGGCCGCCGACACGAUGUUAAAGCUUCAAAGGGCGCUGCCAGCCCGCCCUCGCUCUUGCAGCGGUUUUUCUCUGGUCAGGACGGAGGAGACAACACGGAGCCACCAAAGAAACCGGGAUGUGUUCUGCCUCCCUCCCUCCCAAAUUAUCCCGUGCCCGUAUUUCAGGGGAGCCGAUGCUCUGCCUCAGCCCACUGGGAAUGUGUCCCCGCGUCUGCCCCAGCGCCGUGGCCGUCGCUGUACCGUGAACCGAGUCACUUGUAACACAACUUGCUAAAAGCGAAGGCCGCGAUGUGCUCUGCUAUCUCAAACUCUCCACCUCUAGUAUCCCCCAGAUUAACUUCUCCCCAUCUGUGACAUUUUCUGACCUUUCCUCAGAUCUCGUUCUUAAACUGGCUUUUCUGAGGAUUUUUUCUUCCCCUCACGAAAAACCCUAAGCGCUCGCUCACACUUCUUGUGCUAACUGGUUCUCAAACUGUGGCUCGUCUGGUGUUUUUGCAGAACAGGACAAGCCGUCUCUCUCACACUUCUUGUGCUAAUCCCGCCCCCAGAAAUCUCGUGGGACAAUUUUAUCUCCUACCCUAGAGUAAAGAAGUGGUGUUUGGGUUUGUUUUGUUUUGUUUUGUUUUUUUUCAUAGAUUUCCAAACGCAUUUGUCGUGUUUUGGUUUCCAAGUUCACACGCUUUAUAUUCGAAGGUUGGAAAUAAACCUUUUCAGAAAGCUGGAAUGAAUGCCUUUGCCGUACAGUUACUGCUAGGCAGUGUCAAACGAAAGAUAUUGCCUAGAGUGCAUCGAUGGUUUUGAUUUUCAAAAUAAA